AUGUCAGCGAGAAGUGUCAAAGGCACAGAUGGCAAGAAACCAGCCUCAGCAGCCACAAAUCUUAUUGCUGGUGGAGCCGCAGGAAUGAUGGAGGCCCUUGUAUGUCAUCCUUUAGACACAAUAAAAGUCCGUAUGCAACUUUCUCGCCGGGCACGCGCCCCUGGUGCUCCCAAACGAGGGUUCAUCACCACAGGUGCCGAGAUCAUGAAGCGCGAAACUCCCCUCGGUCUCUAUAAAGGACUCGGUGCCGUUAUAACUGGUAUUGUACCGAAGAUGGCUAUAAGAUUUACAAGUUUCGAGGCGUACAAGAAGUGGCUGGCGGAUCAGGAGACGGGAGUUGUUAGUGGAAGGGCUACAUUUUUGGCCGGUCUAGCAGCAGGUGUAACCGAAGCCGUCGCCGUCGUAACACCCAUGGAAGUAAUAAAGAUUCGUCUUCAAGCCCAACACCACAGUAUGGCCGAUCCGCUCGACAUACCAAAAUAUCGUAAUGCCGCACAUGCAUUAUAUACCGUUGUAAAAGAAGAAGGAUUCGGUGCAUUGUAUCGUGGAAUAUCUUUAACUGCUUUACGGCAAGGUUCAAAUCAAGCUGUAAACUUCACCGCCUAUACCGAGUUCAAAGAAUUGCUCCAGAAAUGGCAACCCCAAUACUCCGACUCCCCCAUUCCCUCUUACCAAACUACAUUGAUCGGUCUGGUAUCCGGAGCUAUGGGUCCUCUAUCCAACGCACCUAUCGAUACCAUCAAAACACGUUUACAGAAAACUCCAGGAGUACCUGGAGAAACAGCACUCAGUAGGAUAAAAACUAUUGCAGGGGACAUGUUUAGACAGGAAGGAUUUCAUGCGUUUUAUAAGGGAAUUACACCGCGGAUAAUGCGAGUUGCACCAGGUCAGGCCGUCACAUUUACGGUUUAUGAAUUUUUGAAGGAGAAGUUGGAGCAUAGUGAUAUGCCAAUGUUUGGAGGGAAGUAUGAAGAGUGAAUGGAUAUGUGCGUAGAUAGAAGGGAUGACGGACUUUAUGAGUAUGUAUCCAGAAUUACGAGAUGUU